AUGUUCAACUACGACUUUCUUCUACACACUUGGUCGCUGGCAGUUGAAAUCCAGUUUUAUAUAAUCGUCCCGGUUCUUACGAUGCUCUUAUCGAUUCCGUUCGUAGGAAAAAUUCUAUGGUCUUUUUUCUUUGCUGCUUCUUUGUACUACAACAUAGUAGCUGUCGGGCCUCUUCAGUUCUCUUCGUUACCAAGCCGAAUAUGGCAAUUCAUAUGUGGCGGAUUAGCUAACAUUCUUCCAAAAGGGUUUAAAAAUACUCCACUUCUUGUUGCUGGAUUGUUCUCUUUAUCACCGAUUGUUUUUGUUUUACCAUUACACACAACCUUCCUUCGCCUCACUUGCACUCUUGGAGCUGCCGCGGUGAUUUACCUUGGGAAUGAG